AUGUUGCUCAUGGCCGACUCCAGAGACUACGAGGGCAACGCUGCGCUGGACAACUACGAUGCUGUGGACCUCGAUGACCGCUCAGACAUCAGCGAGAUGGACGCCACUGCGCGGCGUCUUGCCGAGCUGAGAAUGGCGCGCCGCGACCGCAUCGAGGGCGCAGGCAUCGGGCGCAAGUCGCGCGCGCCGGCCUUCCUGCAGUCCGACGACGAGGAGUCAGACGCCGGCAUCAUCGGCCGGCGCCGGCGGCGACACUACGACGACCGCCCGGAGGAUGUGGAGGAUGCGGGCGCCACAGACCUGCCGCUCGAGCAGCUCGGCGAUGUCAAGACAGACAGCAUUGCCAGCUGGGUCGCCACAGACAACGUGCGCCGCACGAUCAAGCGCGAGUUCCGCAACUUCCUCGUCACGUACGUCGAUGAGCAGGGUGUUAGUGUGUACGGCGCGCGCAUCAAGACGCUCGGUGAACUCAACUCCGAGUCGCUCGAGGUGUCCUUCCUGCACCUCGUGGACAGCAAGGCGAUCCUCGCCUACUUCCUCGCCAACUCGCCGGCGGCCAUGCUGCCCAUCUUCGACGAGGUGGCGUUCGACGUGAUCCUGCUCUACUACCCCUCGUACGACCGCAUCCACCCCGAGAUCCACGUGCGCAUCGCCGACCUGCCGACGUCGAGCACGCUGCGCGACCUGCGCCAGGAGCACCUCAACUCGCUCGUGCGCGUCUCGGGUGUCGUGACGCGCCGAACCGGCGUGUUCCCGCAGCUCAAGUACGUCAAGUUCGACUGCCUGAGCUGCGGCGAGGUCCUCGGGCCCUUCUUCCAGGACGCGAACUCGGAAGUCAAGGUCUCGUUCUGCUCGCACUGCGAGAAGCGCGGGCCGUUCCGCGUCAACUCGCAGCAGACCGUGUACCGCAACUACCAGAAGAUGACGCUGCAGGAGUCGCCCGGCUCGGUGCUGCCCGGCCGCCUGCCGCGCCAUCGCGAGAUCAUCCUGCUGUGGGACCUCAUCGACAGCGCCAAGCCUGGCGAGGAGAUUGAGGUCACGGGCGUGUACCGCAACAACUUCGACGCGGCGCUGAAUACGAAGAACGGCUUCCCCGUCUUUGCCACGGUGCUCGAGGCGAACCACAUUGCGAAGCGCGACGACGCAUACGCCGUGUUCCGCAUGACGGAGGAGGACGAGCGGGCUAUCCGCGCGCUGUCCAAGGACGAGCGGGUCGGGCGGCGCAUCCUGAAGAGCAUUGCGCCCUCGAUCUACGGCCACGAGGACAUCAAGCGUGCCAUUGCGCUCUCGCUCUUCGGCGGCUGCGCCAAGGACGUCGGCGGCAAGCACCGCAUUCGCGGCGACAUCAACGUGCUGCUGCUCGGCGACCCGGGCACGGCCAAGUCGCAGUUCCUCAAGUACGUCGAGAAGACGUCGAGCCGCGCCGUCUUCACGACUGGUCAGGGUGCUAGUGCCGUCGGUCUUACCGCCAGUGUGCGCAAGGACCCGGUCACCCAGGAGUGGACGCUCGAGGGCGGCGCGCUUGUGCUUGCCGACAAGGGCGUGUGCCUCAUCGACGAGUUUGACAAGAUGAACGACGCGGACAGAACCUCGAUCCACGAGGCGAUGGAGCAGCAGAGCAUCUCGAUCUCCAAGGCCGGCAUCGUCACGACGCUGCAGGCCCGCUGCGCCAUCCUCGCAGCUGCGAACCCGACACGAGGCCGCUACAACCCGACGAUUCCCUUCUCGCAGAACGUCGAGCUGACGGAGCCGAUUCUGUCGCGUUUCGACAUUCUCUGCGUCGUGAAGGACACCGUCGACCCCGUCAAGGACGACAUGCUCGCACGCUUCGUCGUCGGCAGCCACACGCGCAGCCACCCGCGCUUCGAGGAGGCGAUCGACGAGGAGCGCGUGGGCACCUCGCUGGAUGCAGACAUCAUCCCGCAAGACCUGCUGCGCAAGUACAUCAUGUACGCCCGCACGCACGUGCGGCCAAAGCUCUCGGGCAUGGACCAGGACCGCAUCGCGCGGCUGUACGCCGACCUGCGCCGCGAGUCUCUGCGCACGGGCUCAUACCCGAUCACCGUGCGCCACCUCGAGAGCAUCAUCCGCAUGUCCGAGGCGAGCGCCAAGAUGGCGCUGCGCGACUUUGUGCGCCCCGACGACGUCGACCUGGCCAUCCAGUGCACGCUCGAGAGCUUCCUCUCGGCGCAGAAGAUGAGCGUCAAGAACACGCUGGCGCGCGGCUUCCGGCGCUACCUGCAUGCCUCGACCGACUCCGACGAGCUGCUGCAGUUCCUGCUGGGCGGCCUGAUCAAGGACCGCAUGCGCUACCUGCAGUCCAGCGCCGCGUCGCGCAGGCGGGCGGCCGGCGCGGCCGAGGAGGACGAGGAGCUCGUGACGGUGCCGCUGGCCGAGCUCGAGAGCCGGGCGCGCGAGGCCAACGUGUACGACUGCCGGCCCUUCCUGCAGGGCCGCCUGUUCAAGAACAACUACUACACGUUUGACGAGCAGACGCGCACCAUCACGAAGCGCUUCGGCGGCAAGCGCCGCGAGGAGCUGUGA